CUUUAAUUUACAAUUGCAUCUAGUAAGUUCCUGCAUUUCUAGCAAAGCAGUUUCGUUGUUGGUUACACACAACACCAAAUCCGCGCUAUUGCACUGAACACUACUAAUCCUGUCCUACAUAACCUAGAUCAAAACGCAUUACCGAGAAUCUGGGAUAGCGAACACGCGCGCACAGACCUCCUACUCCUUUCACGGGGGCCGACUUUGUAAUUAGGAUGCAGUCUGGAGAAGCCAGCGCGGAUGCGGGCGCUGGGCCCAGUACAAGCGGACAGAGUCAUGCACCGAAACCUACUGUAAUCCUGGUCAUCGGCAUGGCCGGCUCGGGCAAGACCACUGUCAUCCAGCGCCUGAACGCGCACCUGCACGCGGGCGGGCGGCAGGGCUACAUCGUGAAUCUGGAUCCAGCGGUGGCCUCGCUGCCGUACGGAGCCAACAUUGACAUCCGUGACACGGUCAAGUACAAGAACGUGAUGAAGCAGUACAACCUGGGGCCCAACGGCGGCAUCCUCACCUCCUGCAACCUCUUCGCAACGCGGUUCGAUCAGGUUAUCCAGCUGUGUGAAAAGCCCCGCGACCCGCCCCUGGAGUACAUCAUUGUGGACACCCCCGGACAGAUCGAGAUCUUCACCUGGUCCGCCAGCGGCGCCAUCGUGACGGAGCUGUUCGCCUCCUCCUUCCCCACGCUGGUGGCCUACGUGGUGGACACCCCGCGGGUGGCCAACCCGCAGACCUUCAUGUCCAACAUGCUGCAGGCCUGCUCCAUACUCUACAAGACCAAGCUGCCCAUGCUGCUGCUCUUCAACAAGGUGGAUGUGGCGCGGCACGACUUUGCGCUCGACUGGAUGGCCGACUUCGACGCCUACUCCGCCGCCCUGGAGGCCGACUCCUCCUACGCCGCCACGCUGUCCCGCUCGCUGGCACUGGUGCUGGACUCGUUCUACACCAACCUGCGCAACGCGGGGGUGUCGGCGGUGACGGGGGAGGGGUUCGACGACAUGUUGAAGCAAGUGUCCGAGUGCGCCCAGGAGUACCAGCAGUUCUAUGUGCCCGAGCUGGAGCGGCGGCGGGCGGACAAGGCGGCGCAGGAGGAGGCGCGGCAGCGGCGGGAGAUGGAGCGGCUUCGGGCCGACAUGGAGGGCAGCAGCAUACAGGAGC